AUGGCUUUAAGAAAUGAUAAAACAAUUGCUUUUAAAGAUACAGAUCUAUUCAAACCAAUCACUGUUGGUCCUGUUGAUUUGAAACAUAGAGUUGUUAUGGCUCCAUUAACUCGUAUGAGAAAUGUUGAUUAUGUUCCAAAUACUGAAUUAAUGGCUGAAUAUUAUAGUCAAAGAUCUCAAAGACCAGGUACUUUAAUUUUAACAGAAGCUACAUUCAUUUCACCAGAAGCUGGUGGUUAUAAGACUGCACCAGGUAUUUUCAACAAUGAACAAAUUGAAGCAUGGAAACCAAUCCAUAAGGCUAUUCAUGAUAAUGGAUCUUUUUCAUUCCAACAAUUAUGGAAUUUAGGUUGGCAAUCAAUGCCUGAUGUUUUAGCAAAAGAUGGUUUAAAAUAUAUCAGUGCAACAUCAGAUAAUUAUAUGGAUGAAGAAAGUAAAAAAAUUGCAUUAGAAUCUAAAAAUCCUAUUCAUGGAUUAACAAUCCCAGAAAUUAAAGAACAUAUUGCCAAUUAUGUUAAAGCUGCUAAAAAUUCAUUAGAAGCUGGUGCUGAUGGUGUUGAAAUCCAUUCAGCAAAUGGUUAUUUAUUAAAUCAAUUUUUAGAUGCAAAUUCAAACAAGAGAACUGAUGAAUAUGGUGGUUCAAUUGAAAAUAGAGCAAGAUUUACAUUAGAAGUUGUUGAUGCAGUUGUUGAAGCUAUUGGUUCUUCAAAAGUUGGUAUUAGAUUAUCACCAUUUGGUUAUUUUGGUAAUAUGACUGGUAAAAAAGAUCCAGAAUUUUUAGCUUUAUAUGCUUAUGUUUUCGCUCAAUUAGAAAAAAGAGCUCAAAAUGGUAAUAGAUUAGCUUAUAUUCAUUUAGUUGAACCAAGAGUUACAAAUCCAUUUGAUCCAGAAGGUAUUAAUGAAGUUGAUGGUUCAAAUGAAUUCAUUUAUGAUAUUUGGAAAGGUAAUGUUAUUAGAGCUGGUAAUUAUGCUCAAUAUCCUGAUAUUGCAUUAAAAGAUUCUUCAAAACCAAAUACUUUGUUAGCAUAUGGUAGAACUUUUAUUUCAACUCCAGAUAUUGUUGAUAGAUUAGAAAAAGGUUUACAAUUGAAUGUUUAUGAUCGUAAUAGUUUCUAUCAACCAGAUGCUAAAGGUUAUACUGAUUAUCCAACUUAUGAAGAGGCUAAGAAAUCAACUAGUUCAUAA